AUGAGGACGAAGCCUUCGCUAGACCGAAAAAGCGCGGCACAAGAAUACAGCUGUCUAUGGAAGGCUUUUAGUUUAUUGGACAUCGGCCCCAUUAGAGAAUUCAGGAAGCGUGUGCUGAGACAGACGGUAAUCCAGUUCCUGAUAGAGUUGCCCCUCCGCCUCCUGUCUGUUCUGGGCAAGUUGCCAGUGUUGCGCCUGUUUAAGGAGCCCAUAACUUCUCUUUUUGGAUCCAAGGAAGCAGAGAAGGAAGGUGAAGGAAGCGUCUCUGUGGAGACUCCACCUACACGAGACGAGCUGGCCGUUCCGUGUGUUGCCGAUUUCUAUUCUGCGGGAGUGAAGUUCCUUCCCACUGAUGGAGACCUUACCACAAUUCGCUUCGACCAGGCAAGUGUCACUCUUUAUCUGCCCAAAAUGAGGUUGGACUCAAACAAAGAAGUGAUUAUCCGAAAUCUUGUGGCUUUCGAAGCUUCGGUGGUGCCCAGUGACCUCAGUUUCAUUCGCUACACCGAUUUCAUGAACAGCAUCAUCGACACCGACGAAGAUGUUCGAGUGCUGAAAGAGAGCGAAAUCAUUUACAAUCACCUGGGGAAAGAGGGGAAAGUAGCGAGUCUGUGGAAUGGUAUGGGGAAAUGUGUGAAAUUGUCAAAAAAUAAGUGUUUAGACAAAGUUAUUGCAGACAUGAAUAGGUAUUAUAAGCGGACAUGGAGCGUGGCCGUGGUGGAAUACAUGAAAAAAUACGUAUUUGGUUCAUGGCUGUGUCUGUCUUUACUGGCUGCGAUCAUACUGUUGCUUCUCACACAUGUUUGGAAGCAUUCUGCUCCAUAUAUAACUGUAAACGCUGGAUGA